CUAUAUGCAGUGGAAUCAUGAAGGUAGCCUGUAUUCUCCUGUUGUGUCUAGCUGCUGGAAGUCAAGCCAAUUUUCUCGAUGACCUAAAGAAUGCCUUUUCAAAUGUUGGACACGCCUUAACAACCACGGUCCAUGCUGUUGGAGAUCAGGCCAAAGUAGUUGGACAGAAUCUUCUUAAUGCAGCGAAAGAACAAGGCUCACAGCUCGCUUCACAAGCUCUUCAGAGUCUGUUGAUGGGAACCAUGAAUGCUCUCAGUAAUCCUGCCGGUACAGACACCGCUGGUACCAAAAGAUCUCUGUCUGAACUCCUUCAGCAGUCAAAGCCUUUGACUGAUGCCGCCAAGCAGAUUGUGGACGAGAAGAUGGACAAACUGAAAGGUGUCUACACAGAGGCUUUGGACAAGCUCAAAACUCUCUCCUCUAAACUGACCGAUCUUCCCGCUUCUGAACUUAUCCGCAAAGUUGACCAGGUCGUGGCCGCCCAUCACAUUGUUGCUGACGAUAUCCAAACCGAACUCGUCACUGAAUUGACUGGACUCUUCGGAAAAGUCCUAGCUUUACACCCAGGACAUAAGAGAAGCACCUUCACAGACGCUCUCGCCACAGUUGGUCAAGGUCUUGCUAACUUCUUCAAGCCCCAUGUCCAGGCUGUUCAGCAGCUGGUCAGUGGAGUUGGUGAUUCCUUGAAGCAGACAGCCACUGCAUUCCACACAAGUUUGACCACAGGAGCUCAUGGAGAUGCUGUCCAUCAAUCUGUAUCUGCUCUGGCACAACACGGACAAAAUGCUCUUAGUGCCCUUAAGGACGCUGUCUCCGACAUCCUCCAACAAACUCUGACCAACAUGCAGCCACAUAUUGUUAACCUUCUCAAUCAUGGUUCCCAAGCUCUUCAAGAAACCCUCGCCAAACAAAACGCUGGCACUCCCUCCGAGUGAACUGUGUCCUCCACGUAAAGGAUCAUGUUAAAAUAAAUUAUUGAUGUAAAUAAAUCUAGAUCUAUGUUACAA